AUGAUAUUUCUCCCAGUAGUCGUCUUGUUCUUCCAAACGGUCCUGCUUGGUGGGCCUUUUCGGCACGUGGGCAUGCCGCCUACGCUUGCUUGCUUGCACCCUACAAGGCAGAAUUACCCUCGCCUUUCGGCAUUGCCGUUUGUCUCGCCAGCAUAG